CUGGUCUCACUUUUUUCAAAGUGCAUGAAUUUAGGAAUCCACAUGCAAAACUGUCUUCCAAGAGACAGAAACUGAAUUUUAGAGAGAUAAACAAAACAAAAACCCCUCAGUCAUGGGCAGCUUCAUGUACAUUACCAUCCUACUUCUUGGCAUAAUCUCAACCGUUCAUUCCUGCCCGCCAUCCGAUAGGGCAUCAUUAUUAGCUUUCCGAGCUGCCCUGAAUGAACCUCACCUGGGAAUUUUCAACUCAUGGAAAGGUUAUGACUGUUGCCAUGAAUGGUACGGGGUGAGUUGUGAUCCCACAACUCACCGUGUUGCAGACAUCAACCUCCGAGGAGAAUCCGAGGAUCCACUCUUCGAAAAAGCUCAUCGAACCGGUUACAUGACCGGAACGAUAUCUCCAUCUAUAUGUAAGCUAGAAAGGCUAUCAAGCCUUACUAUUGCUGAUUGGAAAGGCAUUACUGGACCUAUUCCAUCAUGUAUUACGUCCUUACCAUUUCUACGAAUCAUCGACCUAGUCGGGAACAAGCUUACCGGCUCAAUCCCUUCCGAUAUAGGCCGAUUGAGUCGACUCACCGUGUUAAACGUAGCUGAGAACAAUCUUUCUGGUUAUAUUCCUCGUUCCUUAACCAAUUUAUCAUCUUUAAUGCAUUUAGAUCUCCGAAACAACAGCAUCUACGGAAACUUACCGACAAAUUUUGGGAAAUUAAGGAUGUUGAGUCGAGCUUUACUGAGUCAAAACAAGUUAACGGGUCGUAUACCAUACUCCAUUUCGUAUAUUUACAGGCUUUCUGAUUUGGAUCUUUCAUUGAACAAACUCUCUGGUAGCAUACCACCAUCUCUAGGAAAUAUGCACGUUCUUGCAACAUUAAAUCUUGAUGGUAACAAUAUUUCUGGUACUAUACCACCUAGUUUGAUUAAUUCUCGUAUCAACAUUUUGAACUUGAGCAAGAAUGCUAUUGAAGGGUACAUUCCUGAUUCAUUUGAUGAAAGAUCCUAUUUUAUGGUAAUGGAUUUAUCUCACAACAAAUUAAAAGGAAGGAUUCCAAAAUCGAUAUCGUCCGCGACGUUUAUCGGUCACCUUGACGUUAGUUACAACCAUCUGUGUGGGCAGAUUCCGGAAGGUUCUCCGUUCGACCACCUUGAAGCUUCAUCUUUUACUUACAAUGAUUGUCUCUGUGGGAAGCCUCUUAAACCUUGUCACUAAAGUGUGACUUUUAUUAGGUACAUUUGAUUUUACUUUCUUUUUUUUUGUUUUUUGUUUUCGAGAUUUUUAACACUAUAUGGUGAAUAUGCUUGUAUUAUGUGAUACCGAAGAUUAAAGUGUUUAGCAUAUAUAUGUAAUUUUAAAUGUAUAAUUGUGCCCUGGGAUAUUUGAAGGCCCUUUUAUAU